UGGGAAGAAGCCAUGUUGUUGACUGUCAACCAAGGAAGAACCAUAUUCCAGCUUCUCAUUGGCCAAUAUCUGCUACUAUUUCCAUAUUACAUGCCUUCUUAUCUCCACUGUGUCCAUGCGUUCCCUUUUCAAGCCUUUAAAUGGAGAAAAGGGUGAGGGAAAGAGAAGAAACCACUGCCAAACAAGCUGCGGGUGUCUUCUCUCAGAGCACAACUCACAGCUUCCCUCGGUGCUUCGAUGGAAGCUGAGGCACAGGAUGUGAUGGCCAAGAGGCCAUCCACAUCUCGGUUCGGAAGGGUCUGCGUCUUCUGUGGCAGCAGCCCUGGGAAGAAGGCAAGCUACCAGCUUGCAGCAACCCAGCUCGGCCAUGAACUGGUCCAAAGGAACAUAGACUUGGUCUAUGGUGGGGGAAGUAUUGGCCUCAUGGGUCUUGUCUCUCGAGCUGUUCAUGAUGGCGGCCGCCAUGUCUUGGGGUCUCUCUCUCUCUCUCUCUCUCUCUCCCUCUCUCUCGCAUAUAUACUCAUCCAUGAUAUUUGGAUAUGCUGCAGAGUUAUUCCCAGGACCCUAAUGCCCAGAGAGAUUACAGGAGAGACUGUAGGAGAGGUGAGGCCUGUCUCAGGGAUGCACCAAAGGAAGGCCGAAAUGGCUCGCCAAGCUGAUGCCUUCAUAGCAUUGCCUGGUGGCUAUGGAACCCUGGAAGAACUCCUCGAAGCCAUAACCUGGGCUCAACUAGGGAUCCACGACAAGCCGGUAGGCUUGCUGAACGUUGAUGGCUACUACAACUCCCUGCUCUCCUUCAUCGACAAGGCCGUGGACGAGGGAUUCAUUGCGCCCGCCGCGCGUCAUAUCAUCAUCUCCGCACAAACUGCCCAUGAGCUACUGUCGAAGCUCGAGGAGUACGUGCCGACGCAUGAUGGAGGUGCACCGAAGCUGAGUUGGGAGAUGGAGCAGUUAGGGCACUCUCCAAAACUGGACAUUUCCCGUUGACCACCUGCCCCUGUGUGCAUGUUGACCAAGCCUCACUCCCACUCCAUUCUCGAACCACUUCUUCUGCUUCUUCUUCUCUCUCUCUCUCUCUCUCUCUCUCUCUCUCUCUCUUCCUUCCUUCUUCUCUAAUCUAAUGACUUGUCUUCUUCGCCUUCUUUUCUGGUGGUUGACCUUUUGACCUCAAAACUUGGGGAACAGAUAAAGCGAAAAUGACUCACUCGGUGUCGGUAAACUUUUUCUUCUUCUUGUCUUUCCCUUCUUAAAGCAUGAAUAAAAUUGUCACUUUUGUUUUUAAUUUAAUUUUUCAGAAGUCGGAAUGUACCAUGCAAUUAAAUUGUAGUUAUUUUUAAAUCAAAAUAUUAGCAAAAAGAUCGAUUGUAUUUUGUGUCCA